GGCCCACUACCCAGGCACCACCACAGUGAAGGAGGCCCUGCAGACCCAGAAGAAGCUUUGGUCCUCGGAGGACUACAGCUCAGUGAAUGACGAGGUGGGUGGGGGCUGCUGGGCCCGCAUCCUCAACCAGAACUACGUCAAUGGAUUCAUGACAGCCACCAUCUCCUGGAACCUGGUGUCCAGCUACUACGAGGAUCUGCCGUUCGGCCGGGACGGGCUGAUGACGGCUGAGGAGCCGUGGAGCGGGCACUACGAGGUGGCACCCCCCAUCUGGAUCACAGCCCACACCACACAGUUCACCCAGCCGGGGUGGAGCUACCUGCAGACUGUGGGACACCUGGCACAGGGCGGGACUUAUGUAGCCCUGACGGACAGGAGGGGAAGCCUCACUGUUGUCAUAGAAACCAUGACUCAUGAUCAUUCAGUAUGCAUUAGACCUCCACUCCCCCCCUUCAAUGUGACCUCCCAGAAUGCAACUUUCCAGCUGAAGGGAUCCUUUGCCUCCAUUAAGGAACUCCAAGUAUGGCGGUCUCAGUUUAACUUCAAAACUAAAAAGCCCUCCUUCUUCCAGAAACUAACUUCUCUGACGCUUGUGGACGGUUCGUUCACCUUGAGCGUAGCUGAAGAUGAGGUUUACACUUUAACCACAGUGACCUCAGGACAGAAAGGCAGUUACCCCGGCUCCCCCCCCUCUGCUCGCUUCCCCAAACAAUACAAGGACAACUUUGAUGUUCGAAACCCCCCCUUCUCUGAGGCUCCAAACUUUGCCGACCAGACGGGGGUGUUUGAGUACUACCUCAACCUGACGGACCCCGGGGCUCACAGCUUCACUUUACGCCAGGUUCUGACUGAGAGACCCAUCACAUGGGCCGCUGACGCUGACCAGACCAUCAGCGUCAUCGGAGACCACCAGUGGCAGAACGUGACGGUCAGCUGUGAUGUGUUCAUGGAGAGCGUGAAGACCGGGGGAGUGUUCAUAGCAGCGCGGGUGGAUAAAGGAGGGCAGUGCGUCCGCAGCGCUCAGGGGGUCUUCUUCUGGGUGUUUGCAGACGGCACAUACAAAGUGACCAAUGAUCUCGCCGACCUUGUUGAGGAUCAAACAGGUGCCAUGGCUUCUUAUUGUUGGUUUUCCUCUUCCUGUCCCCAGCUGGACAGACUGUCCUGGCAAACGGACAGUCUGGGACCCGGGCGUACGGCUGGCACACCUUAACUCUCACUGUGGAGGGUCAGUAUGCGUCAGGUCUGCUGAAUGGUUACCCUCUGUGGAAGAAUGCUGUGGUGCUGGCCCCCCCCAACGGCUGGGCGGCUUUAGGAACACACUCCUUUGAACUGGCUCAGUUUGAUAACUUUGCAGUGCUGGCAGAGUGAGGAUUUAACAGUGGAACAAUGAUCUGCACAAUGCUUUGAAAGUGUGAUGAAUGCCUUUAUUAACACUUAAUUGUGCUUAAUAUAUACUUGACUUUUCUUCCUUUUAAAAUGUUUUUAAAAUGUUUAAUCUGAAAUAAUUGUAAAUAAUUUGCACAGAUUUUUAUUAUAAUGGGAUAAAUGAUUUUUAAAUGUUUAUAUUUUUGUUUUAUUGUAAUGUUUUUACAUUUAAAUGGCUGAAAUAAAAAA